AUGUCAAGUAAUGAACACUGGAAUCAAAUAUGUAACAAAUCAUCGACUUAUUUUGAAGAGUGUUCAAUAAAUUUUGCUAAUAAUCUAUUAAAUAUAGAUAUUAAUUAUUUUAAUAUCUAUGAUAAAACAAAUCAAGAAGACAAUGAGAAAAUAUCAUUAUCAAAUAAGAUAGAUGAAUAUUCAUUACAGACAUCAAUGACAAAUAACUCAUCAGCAGAAUCUAUUCCAUUGAAUCUUAUUUGUGGUGUUUGUGGUGCACCAGCACAUGGUUAUAAUUUUGAUCAAAUUACUUGUGAAUCAUGUAGAGCAUUUUUUUCGUCGAAAUGCAUUAAAAAAUAUGGUAACGACUUACUUAUAUUCAGAAAUAUUAAUUAUAUUAAUCAAUAA